GGCGAGGCGCCGGCGGCGGAGCGGCGGGAGGGUCGGUGCAGCAUCUCAAGAAGAAAGAUCUGUUUUGCAUACAAGUAAGUGAUUUCAAGAGGACAGCCCCAAUGACAGAACUAUCUGCACAUUUACCCCAGUUCCAGCAUGGACAGCUGACAGAAAACUUCCCUGAUAAUCACCUCAGCAACACACAAGAGUCCAUGGCCUCUGCUCUGUUUAAUACUCAUCAGAAUGACAACAGCGAAAGACGGCGUCAUGAUAACAGUGAACGCAGAAGAAAUGACAACCCUGAGUCAGAGACCAAUGGACAGCCACAAAACAACAUUCAGCAAGUGGUAGAACAGGAUGAAGAAGAAGAUGAGGAGCUGACACUGAAAUAUGGGGCAAAACAUGUGAUUAUGUUGUUUGUACCUGUCACACUUUGCAUGGUGGUCGUUGUUGCAACCAUCAAGUCUGUCAGCUUUUAUACACGCAAGGAUGGACAGCUCAUCUACACUCCUUUCACAGAAGACACAGAGACAGUGGGACAGAGAGCCCUGAAUUCAAUUCUCAAUGCUGCCAUCAUGAUCAGCGUCAUCAUUGUUAUGACCAUUCUUUUGGUUGUGCUUUACAAAUACAGGUGCUAUAAGGUGAUCCACGGCUGGCUUAUCAUUUCUUCUCUCUUGCUGCUUUUCUUUUUCUCGUUCAUCUACCUAGGUGAGGUAUUUAAGACAUAUAACGUUGCCAUGGACUACAUCACACUGGCGCUCAUGAUCUGGAACUUUGGUGUUGUGGGAAUGAUUUGUAUUCAUUGGAAAGGUCCACUUCGGCUCCAGCAAGCAUAUCUCAUUAUGAUAAGCGCUCUCAUGGCCUUGGUGUUCAUUAAAUACCUUCCUGAAUGGACUGCGUGGCUUAUCCUGGCUGUCAUUUCAGUGUAUGAUUUGAUUGCUGUCCUCUGUCCUAAAGGUCCUCUUCGUAUGCUAGUUGAAACAGCUCAAGAGAGAAAUGAAACUCUUUUCCCAGCACUUAUUUACUCCUCCACAAUGGUAUGGCUAGUGAACAUGGCAGAGGAAGACCCAGAAGCCCAGCGGAAAGCUUCCAAAAACUCCACUUACGAUAAACAAGCUCCAGCAAACCAGGCUCAGAAUGAAGAUGCUGAAGCUGAUGAUGGUGGCUUUAGUCAGGAAUGGCAGCAACAAAGGGACAGAAGAAUAGGACCCAUCCAAUCAACACCUGAAUCACGUGCUGCUGUUCAGGCCCUACCUAGUAACUCUCAAACCAGUGAAGACCCUGAAGAACGAGGAGUAAAGCUAGGUUUGGGAGACUUCAUCUUCUACAGCGUUUUGGUUGGCAAAGCCUCUGCAACAGCAAGUGGGGACUGGAAUACAACUUUAGCAUGUUUUGUAGCCAUAUUAAUUGGUCUGUGCCUUACACUUCUGCUUCUCGCCAUCUUUAAGAAGGCCUUACCAGCUCUUCCAAUCUCCAUAACCUUUGGGCUCGUUUUUUACUUUGCCACAGAUAACUUGGUACAGCCCUUUAUGGACCAACUAGCAUUCCAUCAGUUUUAUAUCUAGCACAUUUGGUGCUGAUAUUCAUAUUUGUAGCAAAUUUGGGAGGAGGAAAAAUGUUUUUCCCUCACCUCUCAAGUGAAACUGAAGUUUAAUACUCAAGAUUCCAAGCCUGAACCAUUACAACUUCCUCCCAUUUUUCCUGAGACAAUUGCUGCACUGGGCACCGUGUUUUUUUUUAUUAUUAUUUUAUUUUAUUAUUUUAUUUUUUUCCCCUCCUGUGUGAACAUGGUUUAUUCUUGAUGAAAUGAUCUAAGCUGGGUGCUGUUUGUCGGAAGCAAUCUGAUAUACAUAACUCUGGUAAGGACCACCUGUCUGAAAAUUGCUAAUGUUUCCACCAGCAAUGGGCUCUCUCACCACAGGUUGAUUAUUUUCCACAGCAUUAAGGGUGCUCAGGACUUCCUUGACAUUCACAGAGCAAGCUGACAAAUCUAAUGGAACUUGCCUCUAAACCAGUUGAAGAGACAGAACCUGAUUUAAACUCCUUCAGCAGUGACUUUUGACAGCUCAGUCCUGAUUAUACUUUGUGUCAUGAGAAAGGAUUUUGCAUUGUAGCAAAUCAACAAAGGGCAAAACUGUCACUCUGAAAGGGUGCUCCACCACUUCAUAGCCUCUGUGCCUAAAUAUGCUUGGUUUAGUAACUUUAAAAGCUUUUUUUUUACACUGGAACUAGGAGCCUUUUCUCAGUUUUAAUACCUUACAUUCUCACGCAUGGAGUGCACCUUCUGUAGAGCUGCUCCAGUUUAUGUAGCUACUUAGACUUGGACUGAAUCAUUUGGCAUAAGAGGAUCAUGAGGUCCUAAUCUGGAUCUUUGAUUCUGAAAGGUUAUGGAACUACAUUAAAAGGCAGUUUCAGGACUUACUCUUUGUGCUCUUGCAAAUCAUUUUUGCCAGAACACCAGUUCAAAUCCUGCGGUUGAGAAUAGCCACUAACAGCACAGACUGCACUGUUAGUUUAAGUUCCUUUUAUUGAUCAUCUUAUGAAUGAAGCAGACAUUCACAGCAGUUCCAGAUGAAGUUUAGCCUGGCAAGUCUAAAGGCUGAAGUGCCAUUGGUAGCACUUCUAAUACUACUUUCAAAUUUUUCUCUUCAGAAACAUACAUGAAGGGAUCUAGUCUACUGCAAAUAAAAAUGUGGGAAUAUGCUUUCUAAGUAAAGUUCUGUUGACCUUGCUAUUGUGUCGGUCUGAAGUCUUGGUCACCCAACCUUCUAACACCUCAGGUUGGGCAGGGAUUUUUUUUCAUGCAGUAACUUUAUUGGUGAGAAUUCUUAAGUUAGGUGAGACAUUACUUAACGCUAUUGAGGAAUAAAAUUUGUGGCCCUUCUAAUUACCUUUCCUGUGAGAAACAGAAGACUGGAAAAAUGAACGAUGACUCACAUUCACUGAAAAGAUGAUACGGGUUUUUGAUCUUCCUACAAGAAAAAGAAUUGAUUCUGACAUUAAAAUUGCUACACUCUGUUUCUUUCUUUGUUUGAAAGAGCUUGUUUAUGAAGAAUUGCUUGAAAAUGAGACUUACAAAGUUGGUUUGGCCAUAGACUCUUAAUCUGUACAAGUCAGUCUUUUUCUGAAUGAAGCAUGGGGGUGGAUACUGUUGAUGGGCAUUCCAUUUUACCUGCGUCUGGAUACUGGAGUUGUCAUCAAAUAGAACAACUGUCAAAAUCCCGAAGCAAACUGCUUUUGCCCUUUUACUGGGGCUUUGUUUCAGUGCCUAUAGAUUCAGAGCACUGAGACAUCACAGAUGCUUUCAAACCGUUGCCCAAGUAAUGGAAUAAAGGGUGCAGUGUAUAAAUCUGCUUUAAAACCCAAGAAAGGCUUGCUUUCUUUGGUUGUCCUUGGAAACAUCUCAGUAUUGUCCAGUAUGAUAUGCUAACUGUAGUGUUAGCAUCUACAUCUGCGUAAAAUAAGAUAUACUGUCUUGUCUCCUCUAAAGAACUUCAUUCAUCUCAUUUGUAUGCUAAUUCAUUGUGGAUAGCAUUAAUAAAGUAAUCAUAUCACGGUUGCUCACACUGACUUUUCAGGUCGAACUUCCUUAUGUUUUCUAGCUUCAUUCACUGUUCCGUAUUUUGCUGAAAUGGAGCCUGACUUAAAAUAGACUUUUUUAUACAAGACUCUGAGUUGUUUAAGUUUUUAUACUAUUGUAACUUGUUCCUUUCCUGAGCAUUAUACAUAAGAAGAUUCCCAUGUGUGUUUUAUUGGGCAUCCUAACUAUUGUUUUGUUGUAUAGAACAGGUUUGCUAAGAGCUGGUACCACUAGCAUCUGUUUGCAUUCCUGAGCCAAGUCUCAGUUGAAUUGUUACGGAAAUGCACCAAUCAUCUUUAUUGUUUGUGGGUUUGGUUUAAUUAUUUACUGUAGAAGCAAUGACUCCAGUAAGAGUUACCUUAAAAUCCUCAGAAAUAUAGAAAAGCCUUUCCACAUACUUGAAUGGGUGUUAGAUGUACAACCUGAGCAAGAGCUCAGAAUCUUCAAACACUAAAUUGCUAGUCUUCCACUCUCCAAAGUUGUUUCUACUAUCCUGGAGUUCUGAUUUCUGCAUUAGUGUGGACUUACAGCAGCAGACACUAUAAAAUCACAGAAACUAUUGUUCAAGUUUAUGUAUUUGAAUCUCAAAAUAAAUAAAGAAAAGGGAAAGGUGCUUCAAUCCCAGCCCAAUAUAUGUUAAAGUAUACUGUCAAAACAGAGUCCUGAGUAUACCUUCAAAAAUCAGGAUGUGCAGAACUGAGGCAAAUUUUCUAGAUUUGCUCUCUCACACUGAGGCAUGGUUGUUUGUUCCAAAUGAGAUCUCACAGAUAAAGGCUAUAUCAGGACUUGGGUUCAAAAGAUUCAGUUAAGAUUUUUUUUUUGGCUUGAAUUUGAGUUAUUACAUAAAUGUGAAGAUAGUGUCCCUUCUUUCUUACUCUCUUUUGUCUUAAAACACCAAUCUAAUUAUAGACCAUUUCAACUUGGCAAGCUUGAGAUAACUGAAAGAAUUCUGUUACGUAGUCCACAUUUUUGAGGAAGUUAUUCACUAUUAUUUAAGUAGUAUAUUAACAACAGUUCAUAAAACUGUAGCUCUGAAAGAAGUAUUGUGUAACUCUGGUAGCUAGGUUCCUCUCUUUUGUCCCCAAACAGGUUAACUUGAACUGUUGUGUUUCAAUAGCCAUGCUUUGAAAGUGAGUAUCUUGAUAGCUUACUCUCCCCUUUCAGAUUGCAUUAAUGAUUAGUCUUCUCCUUUGGCUACUCUUCUGCAAAUAAAUAAAUGAAUAAACCAAAACAUUAAGCUACAGAUUUGCUUAAAAACCAGCCAGUUUAAUUUAUUUCUUCAUUUUUUUGCAUUGAGGGGAUUUAAUCCAGAGCAAAAAGACAAAACAGAGCCCCAGAAGCUUUUUUUUAAGCAAAGGUGUAUGAUGCUGUCAUAGCUAUGCAUGGUUCUUAAAGCGGCACUCAGUUUCUUGUAACUUGAAGGUGUGCACUUGUAUGCUGCAAGCAUACAUUCAGAAUAGUUCUGGCUGAGCAGAUCAUAGCUGUGUUAAGCCAAAUAUUCAAGGGCUGUGUUCCACUAAAAAAUGGCUAAUUUCCUUGAUGUGCAAAGCAGACCCUGGAUAUUUCAGGCAUAGGAGACUGGAGCUUUUUGGAUAUAUGUAAAGUUUGUGUUCUGGGCGUACAGAUGACAACUGUUCUCCCUUUACUGCAAUGAAGAAAAAUAUUCUGAAGUUCAUUUUGGGUAGACGGUACUGUAUGAAGAAACUUGCUUAAAUGCAUUGCUAAUAAAAUACUCUUGGAAAUGAUGUUAUUGAAACAAGUCUGACAGACUAUGGAAUAUGUCUGCACUGCGGUUGCAUCUCAGUAGUAACUUGGUCAUUGGGAAUGCUGAAAUGUGAAUUUGAAUGGAAUUCUUUUACACUCAAAGCAUUUGCUGUUUUCUUUUUUUACAAACACUGGGUUUGUACAUAAUCUGAAUUGAAUGUGAAUGUUUUUUAAAUACCUU